CUUUCCCAGUACACAUUUCUUCCGAGUGGGUGUCGGACAUCUCCACACCACCUGCAUCCUCGUCAACACCAACAUCACAACCUGCAACUCGCGGUUCUAGAUCAAAAUCCACGCUGAAUCGUAAGAGAAUCGGCCCACGUAUAUCCGAAUCCGCGGAGUUUCCAGACGAGCGCGAAAAACGCGAUGCGUUAGAUUCGCCUAUUAUUCUCGUUGCUGAUAUUUCGUCUGCUGCUGUGGCUACCGGGCCUGAUGAUCAUUCCAUGGCUAUUGGGGAAGGCAACUUGGAACAAUCAUCCAGGUCGCCCAUGUGCCCUUUGUCGGAGUGUUCGAGUGAUCAUGCUAGUACCGAGCCGUCACCUGAACCACCUCCCAAGCCUUUGAGGAAUCGGGCAUGGUAUGUUAUGGCGGAGCUUGUAGGUACCGAAAGAGCGUAUGUGGAUGAUCUCCAGGUACUUCACGAGGUACGUUCAUCCACCACACUUACUGAGCUCAUGCGAGACACAAGCUUGAAUCUGACGCAGGAUGAGCGGGAGCGAAUCGCACUGAACGUGCCCGAGAUUCUUGCUGUGCAUAAGCCAUUCGCUCAGAACUUGGAGGCAGUUGCAAGAGACCACGGCAUUGUAGGGACUCAGACAGGUGCGGAUGAAGGCGGCGUCGGGGAUGAGAAACUUGCAAUAAAUGCAAUCGCGCUGUGCUUUCUCGAUAUAGUAAGUCGAGCACACGUCUCUCACACACCGUCGCAGUUUUAUUGAUCGUUGAUCUCCUAAAUUGCCUCAAAAGACUUCUCAACUUGGUGCCGUGUAUGAAACGUUCUGUUCUGGUCAUGCAGAAGCAGCGGC